UUGUGUGUUAGAGAAAGAGAGAGAGAGAGAGAAACCCCAGAACGAUGAAGCCGACGAGUCUCCGUCGCCCUGCUUCCUCCAUCUUCCUCCUCCUUCAAGCGCCGACUGCGAUCUCCAGCCAGCCAUCAUCCCAUUCCAUCCUCCCUCUCUCGUCUCGCCCUCGUCGUCGUCGUCGGUUUUCCUCGACCCCUAACCUUAAUUUAGAUGACCCAAAGGAGGUCUUGAGUCACGUGAGGAAAAUGUGCAGGAAUGGUGGCGUGUUUUCGAGCGUCGGCGAUGCCCAGCGUUGCUUCGGUGUAAUGAUGAAGACGGACCCUUUGCCUUCCCCCCGGGAUUUCAGUCUUCUGUUGGGUACUGUAGUGAGGAUGAAGCACUACUCCACUGCCAUCCGCUUGAUUGAGCAGCUGCAUUCGUUAGGGGUUGAAGAUAAUCAUUAUUGGCUGACGAUUUCCCUGAAUUGCUUCUGUCGGUUAGAGCGGGUCGAUUUGGGUUUGUCUAUCCUGGGCAGAAUCUUGAAGCUUGGGUUUCCCAUCACUGUGGUGGCAACGAGUACCUUAAUUGAUGGUCUCUUUAUUCAGGGCAAAACUGAUCAAGCACUGAGGUUCCUCGAUGAUAUGGGACGAAAUGGCCCCGAACCUGAUGAGACCACGUAUGCAAUAAUCGCAAAGGGGUUAUGCAGGGCUGGUAACACCAGAUUGGCGAUUGAAUUGCUGAGGGACUGGGAAGAGAGAGGCUGCAGGUUCGAUUCCUUCGCAUAUGGCAUAAUAAUAGAUAGUCUUUGCAAGAAGAGAUUCAUCACUGAGGCCGUGAGACUCCACGAAAGUUUCAGUAGGAAAGGCGUCGAACCAAAUGUUGUUACUUAUAACUCCUUGAUCCACAGUAUGUGCGAUGGAGGCCAGAUGGAAGAUGCUCUCGUAUUGUUGAAAGAGAUGAUGAGCGGAGGCAUCCAACCCAACAUAUUCACUUAUAGCUCCUUGGUUCAUUGCUUAUGCAACUGAGGCCAAUGGAAAGAUGCUACGGUCUUGUUGGAGAAGAUGAUGAAGGCAGGAAUCAAACCGGACGUCGUUACUUAUACCUCCGUCAUUCAAGGAGUUUGCAAUUCCGGCCAUUUAGAAGAGGCUCGAAGACUGCUGAGUCAUAUGGUGCAAAGCAGAGUCAUGCCUAACGUUCUAACCUUUGGUGUCCUGGUGGAUGCACAUUGUAAAGAGGGAUUGCUUGUAGAGGCAGAGGCCAUAGUUGACCAGAUGAUUCAAUUAGGUAAAAUGCCUAAUAGUUUGAUUUAUAAUACAUUGAUGAAUGGUUAUUGUUUGCAAAAUAGGAUGAAAGAUGCAAUGGAAGUGCUUAAUUUGAUGGUUGAAAGAGGCUGCUCACCUACUGUUGUUACUUAUAGCACGUUGAUUAAUGGAUACUGCAAAGCGAAAAGAAUGGACAAGUCAAAGAUGCUUUUCCAAGAAAUGCUCCGAAGGGGCCUGAUUCCUAAUGUCAUAACAUACAGCACUCUCGUGGACGGAUUUUGCAAGGUUGGGAACCUUGAAGCCGCAGAGGAGUUAAUUAACGAGAUGCAGUCUCGCGAUCUCUCUCCAAAUCAUUAUACCUUGAACUCUUUCCUGGAUGGCUUAUGUAAAAUGCAGCAGAUUGACAAGGCCAUGAUAUUACUUCGAAAGAUGGAAGAUUCCAAAUUUGUCCCACACAUCGUGACUUACAAUAUCCUAAUAAAUGGCAUGUGUAAUGCCGGAAAGCUUGACGAUGCAAUAGGGCUGUUUGAUUGUUUGCAUGCUCGAGGGUUGCAACCUAACGUGUGGACGUAUAGUAUUGUCAUGCGUGGAUUGUGCAAAGGAGGACGCACGGAAGAAGCAUAUCAGCAGCUAAAGGAGAUGCAAAGAAAUGGAUGCCUUCCAGAUGGUGUCACUUAUAACACAAUCAUCCAAGGACUACUAAGAGAUAACAAAAAUACGAGAGCAGCGCAACUUGUCGGUGAAAUGGUUGAAAGGGGUUUUUCUGCAGACUUAGCAACGAUGGAGUUGUGGAUUAACUAUCUCUUGACAAAUGAAGCUCCUUCAUUUUCUAGUUGAACCCUCCAUUGUGUGUGAGAUCUGUCCACUUUUUCAUCUGAAAUUUGAUGGAGAGUAAACCAGAUUAAUGGCAGGUUUUCUUCCAGACAUCACCUCCUUGAGUCCCAUGUCCCAUUUAUGAAGCCGUUUUAAGUCUGGGAGAUUUUUCCUCUUGCUUCAUUAUCAGGCUUUUAGAGGGGUGGAAGGUUGAUUUUGCUUUUCGUAUACCUAGGUUUUGCAAGAAAUCUCUGUAUUUAACUGGUACAUGUGCUUGUCGGUUAGUGCUUCUGGUGCCUACUAUUUAUCAAACAGGUCAAAUUCAUAUGAAUGAUCAAGUGGUGUGAGGAUGUUCUCAAAUUAAAUCAAUGUUAAUAGCAAUAACUGUACUGUGUACCAUAUGCAAUUCAGACAUUAUAGACAAGUAUCAUGGAUCUCUUCUUCAAUGGGACCAAAGAAAACAAAUUUUGUUUUUUUUUCAGGGUGUAAUGUAUGCUUUGAGAGAGAGAUACUGGUUUUCUUUUAUUUUCUUUUCCUAACACCUCUGAUCCCUUCAAUGUCUUAUUUACCAUAGUUCUUCAAGGAAGAUGCACGGGUGGAAGUGGAUGGUAUAUGAUCAUGGUGAUGGGCACUUUGAAUCAAUAGCGGUGAAUACUUGUGGCGGGCUGGGUACUCAGAUUGUCAUCGCAGGUCGAUUACAUAUUUGGGUUAUUUGCUCUGCUUCUCACAGCAAAGUUUGAUGGACGGCUUGCUGACUAAGGAACAUGGCUGCAGCUGUAUGGAAACAACUUUCAGUAUCAUUUCCUUUGCACUGCGAGGGAUUUUCCAAAAAGCAUCUGUUGAUGCGGAACAUGAAUGCCACUGACAGACAUUGCCAAUGCCAAACCGCAUUGACGUCUGCAGUGGCACCAAUCAACUUCAUUACAACAGGCCCAUAGGAUGUAACUUUCUUUGGUCCUCUAUAGAGGCAGCCGGAUUGCUUGGACAGUCUUCCUCUUGUCACGCCCACUCCUCUUUGUUUGCUCACAUAAUCAUAGUAGCGUGGAAGCACUCCAGAGAACGCUCUUCUAGCAAAGUUCACGUGUGGAUAUCAUGGGAGCAAAGUUCACGUGUGGAUAUCAUGGCCGAUAUGAUCGAUUGAACUCAGAAGAAAGAACCUGUCAAGCAAAAGGAUGAAUUGGAAGUUCUGCAUAUAUAACAAGAGGAUCAACUCAGCUCUCUGUUGUCCAUUUUCUUGUUUACAAAAGCUGGUCCAUGGGCUUGCCCACUGAAGCAAAGCCAGUGUUGUUGCGAUGAUGGUUUUAAUUUCACUUUUCGAGAUUCUUCGCUGACUGGAACCAUGUGCAAGUGCAUCAGGCUUCAGUUUUAAAAGAAGCUUUAUGAUUUCUUUUGCUGGAAAGUCGUGAGCAUGGUGUAUCCUUUACUGUAAAUUAUGUCGACUCACCUCAGAUUGAUCCUUUAGUGUUAGAUAUCGAUAUGAAGUAGAGGCCUUGAAACCUUCAA